AUGAGGAAUUCCAGGCUUUCCCCGGGUGGGGGGGGUGAAGCUUUCAGGGUUUUUUUUGGGUUGGAGUUGGGGGUAUGGUAUGUGGUGGUUUUUCUUAGGUUGGGUGUUUGGUUGUUUUGUGGGGGGGGGGAAAUUUUUUGGGUGCCCCCCCCCCCCGGGGUGACCGGGCCCUGUGCGUCCGCUCAUUUUCGUGGGUGCCCGAGGUGGGGGCCCCAGCAGCAGGGGGGGGGCCCAAGGGGGUGGUCAUUUUAUGCUUGGAGUGGUGGGUUUUUCCCCCCCAAGCCCCCCGUGGUGGGGAGGGGCCUUCCGGGGUUUUCCUCCUAUUCCACGGGGUUCACUUUCCCCACCCCGUUGGAUCCCCCCCCCGGGGCCCCGGGGGCCCGGGGCAGCCCGGGUCCCCGUGGGGUGUAA